UAACUCAACUUCCUCAUUGGGAGCGCUAGCAGCAAAGUGCUUCACAGCCCAGCGACGUUUGUGGCUAAAACGACUCACCGCGUCUCUUUUCACUGUAUCUUUGACCCUCACAAAUGUCAAAGCCUCCUCCUAAACCGGCCAAACCAGGCCAAGUCAAGGUGUUCAGAGCAUUGUUCACCUUCGACCCCAGAACACCAGAUGAGCUGUACUUUGAAGAAGGGGACAUCUUAUACAUCUCUGACACAAGUGACACUAAUUGGUGGAAAGGGACAUGCAGGGGAAGGACAGGACUAAUUCCAAGUAACUAUGUGGCUGAGCAGGCCGAGUCUAUUGACAAUCCAAUGCAUGAAGCAGCCAAACGAGGGAAUCUGAGCUGGCUGAGGGAAUGUGUGGAGAACAAGGUUGGAAUCAACGGGCUGGAUAAAGCUGGAAACACUGCCCUCUACUGGGGAUGCCAUGGAGGACAUAAAGAUGUGGUGGAGCUUUUGCUAAGCCAGCCAAACGUGGAACUCAACCAGCAGAAUAAACUUGGAGACACUCCGCUGCAUGCUGCUGCCUGGAAGGGAUACUCUGACAUUGUGGAAAUGCUGCUUAACAAAAAUGCGAGGACAGACGUCCGGAACAAUGAGAACAAGUUGGCUCUGGAAAUGGCCACCAACGCUCAGUGUGCUUCACUUCUCAAAAGGAAGCAGGGAAGCAACAUCACCCGCACACACAGCAACGCUGAAGAAUAUUUGGAUGACGAGGACUCAGACUGAGCCAGCCCGUUAAAACAUCAUCACUGUCUUCCAUUGGGUUUGGAGUUUCAUUAUGGAGCUAAAAUGGAUUUGCUGCAACUGUAACUCCAUUUUAGUUCAAUUAUUUUGUUCAAACACCUCAGAUCUCAGCCCUCUGCGUCACGCCAGGGUGAAUGUCAGAAGCAUUGAAUUAAUGCGUUUUAGAGUUCGCCUGCUUUGCCAAGUGCAUUUCCACAUGCAGGGAAUUUGUCUUGGAGCAUCGGCUUGCGUACAGUGAGCCGAGGGGGCAGAAUAUAUGUGGUAGUGGAAAAAGGACCAAAGCUCUAGAAAAACACAUUCCAAACAUACAGAUUAUGUUUAACCUAUUAAAGUGGGAAUUAAAGUGCCAGUGCAGAUUAAAAGAUUGAUCUGCUCUGUAUCUAGUUAAGUUUUCAAGCUACACUUUAAUUACUGGACUACAAAUCUGACCAGAAAUAAUUGGAAACACAUUAUCUCUUGCAGCCUGGAGCUUUAUCACAACUAGACACUGUUUAGAUCCAUUUAUGUGCAUUGGGAAGGCAAUGAACCAUAUAUUUAACCAUAAUAUUUCCCCUUUAAAUGGACGUUUUCUUGCGUUAUCAUCUUAUCACCUUAAUUAAGGGCGUCAGUAAUGUACAUAAAUGGGCUUAAUGGGGGGAAAGUAUAUGUAAACUGUCUUUUAUGGCAGUAAUCUCAUGACACUCACCUGUUACUGUCUGUACUGCAUGUACUUUGGUCUGUGUCAUAAUAUUGCCGCUACCUGCUUUCAGUUCAACUAAAAGAAACAUUCUGCCCCGUGUAAAACAGACUUUACUCUAUAAUCUUUCAAGCUUUUGAUGGUGUGAUUUCCAUCCUGGGAGCAAAUUUCUGGUUUUGUUGUUGCUUUCUGACAUUUAAAAAGUGCCUUAAAUAUGUGUUACAGAGUAUGUUUGUCUAUGUUGGUUGUUUUUUUUUUUUCAAUGUGUACAUGUGUUUCUGAGGUUCUAAAUUUCUUAAGAUGAUUCUGUUCUAGAUUUCUAUCUGCUCUGUCUUCAAUCUGCAAUAAAGAUUUUUAACUUAAAAUGUCA